UUAAAAAAAUAUGGCUGAACGGGAACCCAUUAGUGGAUCAAGCCGAGACUAUGGGGCAAUUGCAGCACCUCCCACAGUUGCCUUCGCCGAUUUUAGCCCUACAGAACUGUAUAACCUCAGCGAAGGCAUUGCGGAUAAUGUGAACACCAUUAAUAAUGGAUUGAGAGCAUUAGAAAAGAUGAUGAAACAAAUUGGAGGGCCUAAUGACAGUAUUCAGCUCAGAGAUAAAAUCCAUGAUACUCAACAGAAUGUGAACAGUUCUGUGUCAGCAACAGCACGGGACAUACAAAGACUUGGUGUGGUUGUCCGGAGAGGAGAUAAACCACAGAAGUUACAAGUCGAGAGACUUACGCAAGCAUUUAGAGAUGCUCUUGCAAAAUAUUCAUCUGUACAAAAGCAAGUGUCAGAGAAAAUGGCGGCUCAUAUGCCAACUCAAGGUCGUUCUAAGAACGAUCCUCAAGCUCUAGAAAGACAGGCUAUCGCAGAUGAUGAAGAAUCAUCAUUAUUAUCUAAUCAGCAGGCUCAGGCUCGUCUCGUUCAGUUCGAGACAAGUAUGCUCAUAGAGAAAGAAGCUUAUAUGAAUAAGAUCGAAGCUGAUGUCCUGGACGUCAAUCAAAUCAUGCAGGAACUAGCAGAUAUGGUGAGCGCUCAAGCGCAAUCCGUUGAUACAGUUGAAAGUCACAUUGAAGCUGCGAGCGCAGGUGUCGAAGCCGGCGUCGAUGAAUUAGCCAAAGCAGCUGAGUAUAAACGUAGAUAUAGAAGGAAAAUGAUGUUUAUCAUAUUAAUUGGCACAAUACUUGCAAUCAUAUUUAUUAUAUGGGUGGUAAAAGCAUUUAAAUAAAUACAUAACCAAAUUAUAUUUACAUAUGGCAUUCAUUUUGUUUUUAAUUAUGCGCCAUAUAUUUGUUUUUUUUUUUAUCAUCUCCACUGGUCUUGUGAACCAAUCGAACUUUAAAGAAAUCGUUUUCGAUUGUUGUGUAUAUAUUUAGUAACGAAUUCAAACGUACUUUAAAAAUAAUUUCCUUGAAUGUCUAACAACGAUUUAAAAACUGGAAAGGAAUGCUAAGACGUUUAUUCGUUCAUGUUAUUAUUGUUUUUUAGAUAAUUUUAAGGAACUAAAAUGUUAUCGAAAACUGACCAAUUUUUUCCCUUACGAUUGAUAAUAUUUGGUUUUAAUUUACUUUUAUUUACACUCGUCUUUAAUUAUAAUUUAUAAUACGAGCCAGACGACAGUCGACAAUACUUUAGGAUGUUCAAACAUUUAAAUGUCAAAAUGACAUUGACAAGAGUGUAGAUAUUUCGUCAGUUUAUAUAAAUUUCGUCGAAAUAAUUAUUAUUAAAAAAGAAUAUGAUUAUUUAGAGGUUAUAUAAUCUAUGUCAUAUAAUAGAUUUUAUGCUAUAAGAUGUUUUUUUUUUUAUUUAGUAAAAGAUUUAUUGUACCUUUAAUUGAGAAUUACGUAUAUGUUUAUAAUGGGCUCGAGUAGAAUUUAAAAUGUUUAAUUUACAAUAAAUGUCACUGGUCUAUACUAUAAAGAGACUGAUAUAAAAAGGCGAUUAUAUAAAAAAAAACGAAAGAGUUUUUCA